AUAGACAAAUGACAGCAGAGACAUCCGAAUAAUGUCAAAAACAUUCAAAAAAAUGUGUGUUUUGCUUAAAUUUUAGAGCGCAAAUGUCCUAAACCCACUGAAAUGUGCUACCAAGUAAACUAGCAGGCUUCUAAAAUGUACUCCUGGUUAAAAUUCAAACAGGCAUUCAGGAUAGUGUGUGUACCAAGGGUAUUUAGCAGAUGUCUAAGUUCAGCCGAAGUGUCCACUGCACUACGGCCUUUCUACUUCAAUGUGCACCCAGACCUCUUUGGAAAAUAUCCUGAACAAAGGAAAACAAAUGAGUACUCUCUUCAGCAGUUAAGUGCCUUCUUAGAGGCACAGCAAUCUAAACGAAGCAUUACCAUUCCCCCGCUCUCCUUCUAUGUCAGACAGAAAGAUAUGCCAGAAGGGAACUUCAGACUAGUCAAGAUAUCUUUAAAUAGCAAUGAUGUCCGGGACACUGUAGUCAAAGUUUUGAAUGCCUGUGACAUCUCAACUAGCUACAUAGACAAAAUACCCAGGAGUACACACAAAACUGAAUAUAGCAAAUCUGAUGUAAAAGCAGCAUACGAAAAAUACACUAACGAUUUUGGAACUAUUUUUAAUGAUAUAAAAAGAAAAGUUAAAGAAAAAAAGAGUGCUUCUAACCUUAUAGAAUGGAUCAUCGAAAAUAGUGCUGUAGCAAAAGAAAAAUACGAAUCAACAAAUGCUACGAGAAAGCAAGUCGAAUCCCUGAUAGAACGCUUGUGCAAAAAUUAUGGUAUAAAAGAAGUUCGUAAAUAUGAAGUGAAGUAUGACUCUGGUUGGAAUAUAAGCCACAUAAGAGGGGCACUACAAAGUCUUGUCUCUCUUUCUACUCAACAUUCUCACCAUAUGGAUAAUUUGAAAGACAGGACAAUAGCUCUGGGACAAUUCACCGGAGUGAGUUUGGACGGCGACGUAUUCCUUAGCAUCAUUGAUGUCCGCAAUGAGUGGCUUUCGCUCAUCAAAAAAGUCAGCCAGGAAGACGCAGCGUUGUCAAUGAUUCCAAUUUACGAAAAAACUUUGUCAAGCAUAUUACGCAAUAUUCAUGUUCGUCGAAGAAAAUUCAUGCCGAAAGUGUCUGCUACUCAAUAUUGCAAUCACCUCAGGCAAUUAAUCACAUCAAUCGGAGAUUUUUAUGGCAAGGGUAAAAAGUUUAGUGACUUGGUUCCGGAAUGUCUUGAAAAAUAUGAAAUCGUCGUAGAACCCGAAGCCGGUCCCCUAAUGGUGUCUCCAACGGGCCAAUUCAUAACUCCGUCAUCGUGCCCGGCCGACGAGCUGAUGGCAUUCAUUGCCAAUCAUCUCGACGAGGCUACUUUACUGCUCACGGAGUACAGCAUCAACAAGCACGUAGAAAGAGCACUAUAUGAUGAAGUGAAACAGAGGUUCGAACUUUUAGAUCUUCGUAAGGAUGACAGCAUUACGCCGGCGCUCAUGAUCUUGUGCUGUCAGAGAUUGCUCACUCGAAAAGCUCAUUUGAACACGCUACUUCGAGGGAAUAUUCUAUACAUUACGCACUAUUAUUCUGUACUAAAUGAAGGCACACUAUGCAUACCGUGGAAUUUUAAAUAAUAUUUAGUAGGUAUACAAACUAAAACAAUUAGAACAUGAAUUUUACAGUGAAC